CAAAAUUUCGCGCGUUGUUUGUGGAACGCUGAACAUGCUUUUCCGUAACAUUUCGAAUAAUUCCUAAAUACUAUGUUUUAUUAACAAGCUCAAUUAAGCUUAUAGACACAUUAAUGUCGUAUUUGUGUAGUAUUUCCUAAAAUGUAAUAAAUAUCCUUGAUAAAUAUAAUGAGCUCACAAAAUGUAAGACAAGAUAACUUUGAACCUAAUUCGUUUGUUCGUAAAGCGACGAAAGGUAAAAUGUCUGAGGAUAGUUCAGAAAAUUUAACUGUUAAAAAACGGUUUAAACCAAACAGCAAAAGCGAAGAUGGCAAGCCUAGUAAAACUGGAAAAACUACUGAUGUAGAAACCGAUUCAACUGUACUCCAGAGACGGCAAAAACAAAUUGAUUAUGGAAAGAAUACAGUUGGUUAUCAUAACUAUAUUAAAGAAGUGCCCCUAGAAACACGUGGAAAAGAUGAUCCAAAAACACCAGAUAAAUAUACAAAAUACAGUCGUAGGUCAUGGGAUGCACAGAUUAAAUUAUGGAGGAUUAAAUUACACAAGUAUGAUCCAAAUGCAACCAGCAACACAGAAGAAAUUGAAUCAAUUAAAUGUGAAUAUGAUUUUGAAUCUGAUUGAAAUUUGAUAAUGUCAUGAUUUUAUUUCCACUCCCAAAACAUCUGUAUCAGGCUUUUCAUUUUAAAAUGUCUAAAACCUUUGACUUUGAGCUAAGUGCUGUUCAAUGCCUUUUGCAAACUUGCAUUUAUGUUCUGCGCAAACAUUAACUUAAUUUUCAAAGAAAUCAAGAAACAUCUUUUUAUUUUUAACAAAAAAAAAAAGCAAUUUUCUCUGUUUCUUAUUUUUCAAAGAAUGAAAGGGUUGAUAAAAAGUUUGUACAGGUUAUUUGCAGUGGAUACUCACUAUUAGGAUGUUUGUUAACAGUUUUAUAAAAUUUUUAUGUUAUUAUAUACAUUCCAUUCCAUACUCAAUGUCAAAAUAUAAAUGGAUAAACAACAAUGAAGAUAUUGGCUAACAAUUACUGUUUCCAAACAAUGUUGCUUCUUUGCUGCCAUUGGCUUGUAGUUUUUAUGCCUUUUUUGCAUGACAAUCCUUUCCAAUAUUCUCCUAAGUAGUGUGACAAUAUAUUGUCUAUAGUGUGUCAUAAGUGCAAGGAGUUUUACUAAAAAUACUGUGAUGGCUGACAACAUACAAAACAAAGUGCAUGUUUAUGCUUUAUUAUAAUCGUAUAGCUAUAUAUCAGUUUAGAUAAAGGUAAGCAAUGCAUCAACUUUUACAGAUGUCUUUGGGAAGUGGUCACUUCGCCACUUCGGUGAUUUAGGUGGCUACUUACUAGCCACCUUAUGAUACUAAAGAAAUAUUUUGUGAUGUUACAGUACUGAAAAUACUAUGUAACGUUUUUAUAUAAUUUUAUUUGUGGGACAACAAUUAUAGCAAGAUUUUUUCUUAUAUUAAUUGACAUUAAAUUUUGGGUCUGGGAAACACAUCCCAACUCUGGUAUACAAAGUUUUGUGUUAUAACUAUGUUAGUGGCUUAAUCAUUAUUGUAAUAAGGGUCAAUAAUCAAUAUAUACACUCUAGUAUUUUCUUAGAGGAAGCAGUAAAUAAAAUAUACUUCUACUUGUUAAAAGAUAAUAACUGCAAAUAAUUAAUAUUUUAUGUCUGAAAAGUUAUAUUAUUUUAAAUUAUCUCAUUGAUUCACAUUUACUUAAUGGGAGGAGGCAACAUUUACAGUAUAUUUGAACAAAAUAUGGAUCUAGAAAUUCUCAAUAAAGAAUAUUACAAAGUGGUUAAGAUUUACUAGAGUUGUUUUAGUAGAAAAUGUAUUAUUUGAAGAUUUAAGUAGGUUAAGUAUAUUUGCGUAAAUAAAGUGUCAAAUACCUC